UCUGUUUCUUUCUCCCGUUCACGGUUCGCCUCACUCUGCCAUUCUGACCCUCUCGGCUCUCCUCCCCGUGUGACCUUCCUCUCCUUGCGGCGGCGUGGGCGAGCAGCGGCGCCCUUCGCCCGUCUUCGCCGGUCCGUUCGCCGUUGACGAGCACCCACCAGGGUAAUUUCGGAGAUGGCGUUCCUGCAGAAGGUUGGGAAUCUUGUCAAGCGAUCCACUGGUGCCAGCUCGUCGCUCAACCAGGCGGUUCGAUGCAUGUCCUCCUCCAAGCUUUUCAUAGGAGGAAUCUCGUAUGGCACAGAUGAGCACAGCCUGAGGGAUGCGUUUGCAGACUAUGGUGAAGUCAUUGAAGCUAGGAUAAUCAUGGACCGGGAAACCGGAAGAUCGAGGGGGUUUGGUUUUGUGACAUACACAUCCACAGAGGAGGCAGCCGCUGCCAUUACUGGCAUGGAUGGGAAGGUGACCGUGGUAGCCGUGCUGGUGGAGGCGGCUACGGCAGUGGUGGAUUUGGUGGAGGUGGCUAUGGCGACGGUGGAUAUGGUGGAGGAUAUGGCAGAGGUGGUGGUGGAGGCUAUAGCGGAGGUGGUGGGUAUGGUGGAGGUUCAUAUGGUGGUAGCGGAGGCUAUGCCAGUGGUGGCGGCGGCUAUAACGAUGGUGGUAAUAUGGGCCCAAGGUACAACACUGGGGGAAGCUAUGGUGUUUCUCAAGGUGGGCGAGGUGGGUUUGGUGUUGAUGCUGGUUACACUGGUGGAUAUAAUGCUACUCCUGGCAGUUACAGUGGUGAUAGCUUCAAUCAAGGGGGUGGCACACCAGCAUAUGGAGGCGGGAACUAUGGGGCAGGCAACAACAGCUAUGCAGACAAUGCCCCCAACAAUGCGUCUGUUGGCAAACUGGAUGACUUGUUAAGUGAUCUCAAAGUUGAUGGUGCUGGUGAGGCUGAGGGAGAGGGUGAGCCUGAGGAUCUUGGCUUAGCAGAUGAGGACAUGAAAGGGAAAGGUCAAGAUGAAUUCGCUCAGGAUGAUUUCAAGGACCAAGAUGAGCCUAAUGAGGCCAACAAAAGUAGUUAAACUCGCCCUACGCCUAAAGGUGAAGAAAUUAACUGGUUAUGGGCCGCUCUCCAGGGUAAAUAAAUGCAGUGAAGACUUAUAUCCUUCAUGCAACUAAAGUCUAGAGUGUCGUGUCAUAGCUAUUUUCCGCUCGUUGUUGCUUGUGCUUUGUAUGCUGGACUCCUCGGAUCAUGCAGGACUUUUGAUGUGUCAUGAACGCUCGCACUUGCUUCCGGAUGUAUGGACAUUGCACUUGCUUCCAGAUUAUGAUUUGUUUGUGCAAUUGUGCUGUGGGUGCACUA